AUGGGGAAGGACGGUUUAGCUCGUGUUUGGUAUGUGGCCUCGAUGAUGAUGCUGUUGACCGGUGACAGCUGCCGUGCGACCAAGCACCUUUCGCCUUUUGGAGGCAAGGCGGCGCCAAGCGUACAGCACCGGGAGCUUCAAGACAGCUGCGGAGACUGUGGUACUGAGAUAUUCUUGGAGGAUGAUGACGCGGAGAUGAGCUGCACGACGUGCAACGAAGUACUCAUUGCUUGCAUGGAGGACUACGGGGAGUCAGACACCGGUUCCGGUGGCUUUGGCAUUUGUCAUCCGUGCGGGGACCUCUCUGUGGACGAAGUGAUCCAAUUCUACGAAGGCAUCUGCGGCGAUCCUCUGAGCUCAAUCACAGAAGAGUAUAUAUCGGGCUGCCUCUACUACGUGGUACCACCAGAGUGCCCCAGCGACGUGACUUCGUCUGACGACGACGACACGAGUGAAUCUAGCGAUGAUUCCUCGACGGACGACGACGAAUCUAGCGAUGAUUACCCGACGGACGACGACGAAUCUAGCGAUGAUUACCCGACGGACGACGACUCGAAUAUUUCGCCUGUCCCUAGCCCGUCCACCGAUGACGAUCCGAUCACGCCGCCUACGACCACCGAAGGCAACGGCGGCAGGAUUCGUGCGUGCGGGAGCGUCGGCGCGUUGGCGGUUGCCGUGGUCAAUGUUGUAUUCUUGUUGACUGAGAUGCGCUGAAGGCUUCAAGCUCGAUUUCUGCACCAGCUGAAGUGAAGCUGUCAAUAAGUUCGGCGUAGUCAUGUGCUGCCCCAUGUAGGUUGUUUCUCUUUUUUCGCGCGGGGCAGUUGGUAAAUCGGUGAAAGUUUCAUUAUUUUCUGAUGCCCGCUGCCGCCGUUCCUGUGUCUUUUGGAUUUGUAGGAGGGCGAUCAGCAGUCUACAGCUUUGUUAGGAAUGCUUGUGGUUUCCAUGUUUCUCAAGGUUUCAUAAGUUCGGUAUGCAUAUCACAUACGGAAGAUUUGUUGUUCGUUCAAUAUUUUCUGGGUGUAGGGGAUCGGAAGGAGGAGGGGGGGGCAACGUCUUCUUUCGGGCGAAACGAGCAUCGUCGACUGACUGACUGACUGACUGACUGACGUCGAUUGCAAUCCAAGGUGGUUGCCUUGAAGCUGAGAGUCGUUUUAGAUUGAUUGUUGGUUUUUGAGCUGCAGCAUCGUUGGCGACGUUCAGACAAAAGGUAGCUACAUUUUUGUUCGAAGAGUCUUGGUGUGUUGAAUGGGGGUAUUCCAAGGCCUCGAUGCUCCGAAUGGUGUGUGCUCAUCUAGAUUUUUCGUUGAAUGAAUGUGACACAACGCCCCAUUUUCUCUGGCUAUCAGAACGAUUCAGAGAUAUA